AUGAACAGAGCAACACUAGAGAAGCGACAUUUAAACAUCACAAAAAGUUUCGCCAAGUUAGGUGGGAUUUGGCCGAAUCAAAAUAAAUUCGUAAAAGUCAUUUUGUGGGCUGUGGUUGAUAUUUCAAUGGUAUCGUCCAUGAUAGUACAGACUGCGAGGAUUAUACGUAUAGGAACGCUGGAUGUCGUGAUAGAGCAGUCAUCUCUAAUAGGGGCAGCGAUUCUAAUGAUAAUUAAACACGGUAACUAUAUAUUGAACGCGACAAAGCUUGAGAACCUUCUGAACGACAUGUCCGAAGAUUGGGCGACUAAUCGAUUGAAAGAAGAAUUCGAGAUCAUGACGACGUACGCUAAUAGAGGAAGCUUCCUGGCUAAAUUCUACUUCGCAAACGCGGGCGUAUGUGCAUUACUUUUCAUUCAAAUGCCAUGGUCGGCGCGUCUGUUUCACAUGAUAAGACAACAGAAUACGUCGCCACCAGUGACAUACUCUAUACCAGGUUACUAUUUCGUCGAGGAUGACCGUGAAUAUUACUAUUACAUUCAACUACACCUGGCCCUUUGUAUAUACGUCGUGCUCGUUGUGUUCAUCUCUUGUGACACACUUUACAUGGUCCUGGUGCAGCAUGGUUGUGGACAGCUAACCGUGGCCGGAUAUCGCUUCAAAAACGCAGUCAAGAAAAAUUCUUUUAUUGCAAAAUAUUCCGAAACGAAGGCAAAGGAAAUACAUGAAAGUGUAUGGUAUUCCAUACAAGGCCAUCAAAGGGCUAUAACGUUUCUGGAGAAAAUUGAGAGUGCACACGUUACGUAUCUUUUUUUGACUAUGGGCAUAAUAGUCGUGUGCGUUAGUAUUACGAUGGUUCAGCUCGCCAUGAUGGAAGUGUGUUUCGAUUUUUACAAGUUUAUCGGUUUUCUGCUUGUUCAGCUGUUGCAUCUGUGCUUUCUAACGAUGCAGGGACAAUUCGUUAUAAAUUCAUCCGAUGAAAUUUAUGACACAAUAUACGAAGCGUUAUGGUACAACACGCAUCCAAAAACGCAGGCGUUAUACGCAUUAGCGUUACGGCGGAGUUUAACUCCACCACGUUUAACUGCCGGCGGAUUAAUUGAGUUAAAUAUGGAAAGCUUUUCAGAAGUUCUGAAACUUUGCGCAUCAUACUACACGGUAUUGAAAACAGCAUGAACAAAGUGACAUCGAAGCUGAAAUAUUUUCUACAAGUUCCAAACUUCAUGACCAUGCGAUUUAUUCAUCAUACGUAAAACUCAUGAGUUUGCGUUCUCAAUGUCAGUAAGAUUGAUGUAAU